AUCAAUAACGAGGGUCACUGCCGGCGGAUGCCUCUGAUAUGGAGUUGAAUGAACCGGUCGCGUGUGGAGCCAAACCCCCGGACCGGCUACGCCGUCGCGUUCACGAUCGGGUGCGGCUCCUUGUCCCUGCUCCCUCAGCUGCGCCUCGCUACGCCUCAGUCUCACCGAGAUUUCAACGGCAUUGUCUCGUUCUAUAUGACGAAAUGCGCCAUCAACCGGCGGCCCUCGAGAUCUGGGGCAAUUGCAUCAUACGAAAACUCUCUGGGUGCCACUUGAUCUGUCGGUUUUACUUCUCUGCCUCUUGUUGACUGCUUUGUAGUGGCUGUUUAGUCAUUGUGGCCACUCGCGGCUUGAUGAUACGAGUACUCGUACAGCUUAGUCCCGCAUUUCAUCAAUGACGAUACAGGUACGCCCCCUACAAAAUAAUUGGAGGGAGGGAUGAAAUAUUCGGGGACCGCUAGGGAGAAUAUCAAUAAAUUCCCGAAGGUGAAUAAAAAUUGCCCCAGCAUUUCAACCUGGGACUUUUGCCGGUUUUAGACACGACACACCCCUGAUCUUCCGGGCUCAUCCACAUACAUCCACGAUCGAGAGAAACAUGGUCAAUAGCCCGAUUGUGAGUUAUCCACUUGUCGUAGGGUGUUCUCCAAAUAGCCGAUCACGAUCUGCAAGUCAUGAUGGCAUUAGUCCCACUGAUCACGUUUUGCUGGGUCAUGAUCAACAAUCCCAUCGCCAAUAAUGCUCGCUUCUCCAGCCUGUUAUGUUGUCGAUAGCGGGCAUUGCAUUCGCUCUCCUUCCUUUGUUUGUAUGCUGUUUGUCGGAGCAGUAUCUCAUACAUAUCCACUCCUCGCUCCGUUUUAUUUCAGAAGCAAUAGCUAGCCAAUUGACAAAGCUCGGAGAAGAGGGAUGCUUUGAAACGAGACAUUAGAACCG